CGCCGACGCGGCCCAAUGGGGCGUGCCGGCGGCGGCGCGGUGCGCGCCGAGGGGCGGGGCCCGGCGGCGGUUGCUGGCCGAACCCGGGAGGUGGAGAAGCCUGUCGCUGCUUCGGCCGUCGCAUCCCCCAGGGAGUCGUGUCGCCGUUGCCCCGGCCCCCGAGCCCACGAUCGCCCCCGGAGCUCGUGUCUGUGUGCCUCACCCCGCCAGCAGCUCGUCUCUUGCCUUGCGGACCGCGCCUCUUCCAUCAUGUGCGGUAUAUUUGCUUACUUAAACUACCAUGUUCCGCGCACAAGACGAGAAAUCUUGGAGACUCUAAUCAAAGGCCUUCAGAGACUGGAAUAUAGAGGAUACGAUUCUGCUGGUGUGGGAGUUGAUGGAGGCAACGACAAAGACUGGGAAGCCAAUGCCUGCAAAAUCCAGCUCAUUAAGAAGAAAGGAAAAGUUAAGGCACUGGAUGAAGAAGUCCACAAACAACAGGAUAUGGAUUUGGAUAUAGAAUUUGAUGUGCACCUUGGAAUAGCUCAUACCCGUUGGGCAACACAUGGAGAACCCAAUCCUGUCAAUAGCCACCCACAGCGCUCUGAUAAAAAUAAUGAAUUUAUUGUUAUUCACAAUGGAAUCAUCACUAACUACAAAGACUUGAAAAAGUUUUUGGAGAGCAAAGGCUAUGACUUUGAAUCUGAAACAGACACAGAGACAAUUGCCAAGCUUGUUAAGUAUAUGUACGACAAUCGGGAAAGUCAAGAUAUCAGUUUUACUACCUUGGUGGAGAGAGUUAUCCAACAACUGGAGGGUGCUUUUGCGCUUGUGUUUAAAAGCGUUCAUUUUCCUGGACAAGCAGUUGGCACAAGGCGAGGUAGCCCUCUGCUGAUUGGUGUACGGAGUGAACAUAAACUUUCUACUGAUCACAUUCCAAUACUGUACAGAACAGCUAGGACUCAGAUUGGAUCAAAAUACACACGGUGGGGAUCACAGGGAGAAAGAGGCAAAGACAAGAAGGGGAGCUGCAAUCUCUCUCGUGUGGACAGCACAACUUGCCUUUUCCCUGUUGAAGAAAAAGCAGUGGAAUAUUACUUUGCUUCUGAUGCAAGUGCUGUCAUAGAACAUACCAACCGCGUCAUCUUUCUAGAAGAUGAUGAUGUCGCAGCAGUGGUGGAUGGCCGUCUUUCUAUCCAUCGAAUUAAACGGACUGCAGGAGAUCACCCUGGACGAGCUGUGCAAACCCUGCAGAUGGAACUCCAGCAGAUCAUGAAGGGCAACUUCAGUUCAUUUAUGCAGAAGGAAAUUUUUGAGCAGCCGGAAUCCGUGGUGAACACAAUGAGAGGAAGAGUCAACUUUGAUGACUAUACUGUGAAUCUGGGUGGUUUGAAGGAUCACAUUAAGGAGAUCCAGAGGUGUCGGCGUCUGAUCCUUAUUGCCUGUGGAACGAGUUACCAUGCAGGAGUAGCGACACGUCAAGUUCUGGAGGAGCUGACAGAGUUGCCUGUGAUGGUGGAACUGGCCAGUGACUUCUUGGAUAGAAACACGCCAGUCUUUCGAGAUGAUGUUUGCUUUUUCAUUAGUCAGUCAGGUGAGACGGCAGAUACCCUGAUGGGUCUUCGGUACUGUAAGGAGAGAGGCGCUUUAACCGUGGGAAUCACAAAUACAGUUGGCAGUUCUAUUUCAAGGGAGACAGACUGUGGAGUUCACAUCAAUGCUGGUCCUGAAAUUGGCGUGGCCAGUACAAAGGCUUACACCAGCCAGUUUGUGUCACUUGUGAUGUUCGCUCUCAUGAUGUGCGAUGACAGGAUCUCCAUGCAAGAGAGACGCAAAGAGAUCAUGCUUGGCCUGAAACGGCUGCCCGAUUUGAUUAAGGAAGUACUCAGCAUGGACGAUGAGAUUCAGAAGCUGGCAACAGAACUGUAUCAUCAGAAGUCAGUCCUGAUCAUGGGGCGAGGCUAUCAUUAUGCCACUUGUCUUGAAGGGGCGCUGAAAAUCAAGGAAAUUACUUACAUGCACUCUGAGGGCAUCCUCGCUGGUGAGUUGAAACACGGCCCCCUGGCUUUGGUGGAUAAGCUGAUGCCCGUCAUCAUGAUCAUCAUGAGAGACCACACUUACGCCAAGUGUCAGAACGCUCUCCAGCAGGUGGUUGCUCGGCAGGGGCGCCCUGUGGUGAUUUGUGAUAAGGAGGACACGGAGACCAUUAAGAACACCAAGAGAACAAUCAAGGUGCCCCACUCGGUGGACUGCUUGCAGGGCAUCCUCAGCGUGAUCCCCUUGCAGCUGCUGGCUUUCCACCUUGCUGUGUUGAGAGGCUAUGAUGUUGAUUUCCCACGGAAUCUUGCCAAAUCUGUAACUGUAGAGUAAGGAACAUCGGAAACUGGACGAUUAAGCAACACAAGACACCUUUUGUAUUUAAAACUUUGAUUUGAAAUAUCACUCCUUGAAGCCUUUUUUAGUAAAUCCUUAUUUAUAUAUCAGUUACAAUUAGUCCACUCAGUUUGUGAUUUUUGUGAAAUUACCUCUUAUAUUUUUUCCAGUAAUUGUUGGGGUGGUUUAAAUAAUGGAAUAUAUGCAGAAGAUUUCAGCUGUUUUCUGUAAAGAAUGCUGGGUAUUGAAUUUCUGGGUCCUCUGCUUCUAUCCGAGAGGAUUGUAUUUUAAAAGUAACUGGUAUUUGUUUUACCUUGCUUUGUUCAUUCAGACCAAUGAAAGAGUAGUGCAUUUAGCUGUAGCCUCUAAAGCCCGUGGCAAAGUUUGCUGAUACUUGGAUAUUUACUGAAGGCUUUGCUAAGUUACAUAUAAAUAGAAGAUGCUGUAAUUGAUUUUGAGCCUGCUUCUGUUUUGUUUUUAGAUCAAACUGUACAACAAAAAGCUGAACACUAUUCUUGGUGGAAUUUAUUUCUAAGUUUGGUUAAUCUUAGUUUCUGAAACCUGUUGUCUGUUUUCUGUAGGAGAAGCUAAUUUAGGAGGCAAAAUAUUAUAAUAGGGCAUAAGUGUUCUCCAGUCUUUAACAACAUAAUUUGCACAAUUAUGUAGCAUAAACUUUACAUUUGAGCUGCUUUGGACAACUGACAGUAAGAUUUUAAAUUUGAAGUUGGAAAGUUGAGAUGGAAGCUGUGUUCCGAUCUCCUAAAAGUGGUUUUUAUUUCUUUGUAUCUGUAGUCUUUUUUAUUUCUUAACUUUUGAGCACAUCUUUUAUCUUGUUCUUUGAAAUCACAGCAGAGUUGCUGUCAUAGGUCUCAAAUAAAAUCAAUCUCGAUAUACUCAGUAUGUGUCAAGGAAGGGAGAAUUUCCUGCAGUUAAUUCAAGCUUUCCUUCACUGCCUUGUUGCAUAAAACUGGUACCCUUACUGCCAGUCUGGCAGUUCUUUGCAGUCGUUGGGAAGAUUGGCAAGUCUUUGUCUAAUUCUAUGUCUCCCGAUGUCUAAGGAGGGCCUUGGUAGCAAGAACAGGGUGCUUUCUACCUCUGUGGGUGACAGACGGCAUCAUCUAGGGUCACCUCGGAUCACUUCUCUUGUCUGUGUUUUCUGUGUUCUACCCCUGGAAUUUAUUUACAAAUGAAGAAGUUAUAAAUAAAAGGGUAUUGACGUGCCUUCAGCUGGCUAGUGUAAGAAAUAGAAGUUGACAAUUUGGAUUAAAAUAUUUAAAGUAAAAUAUUAGUUUGAUACCCAAAAAAUUGUGAAUAAUGAUUUCCUUGCAGAGUUUUUUGGAACAGGUCUUGUGAGCUGUAGGAGAGUAUGUGUAUGUUUUGGUUAAGUCCUUCUCUUUCAGAAAUUUUCACUUUGCAACUGUGAAGGUGAGCUGUUCAGCAGUAAUUUUUUAAUCCAGUCUUUUCCUUCCUUAUUUGUGUUUGAACUUCUUAAUUAGGUUAAGGUUUUCUGAACAGCUGUGAUGGCUGCAAGACGUGCAUAGAGUUCUGUGUGUGUUUUAGGGUUACAGAAAGGAUUGGCAUAGUUUGAGGAAUUUGGAAGGACUCUUAUAGAUGCUGACUAGAAACCUGUUUUCAAAAGUAAAAUUUGGUCACUAUUUACAUAUAAUUACUUUGGUGGUUUUUAUCUUAGUUUCUAAGACUACUUUGUGUAAGCCUGCUAGAUUUAGUGUGUGUGUAGUAUAAUUGCUUAUGUUCAGUAUAUUAUUAGCAUUUUACACACAUGAUUUGUAUGUGUUUGUAGCAUUUCUUUUUAUUUUUAAGGUUAGUAGAUAAUAAUUGUGCAUCUUUCUCUGUAGGGUACAGUGUGUUUCGGUACGUUUAUGCAUUGUCUAAUUAUCAACUCAGGAUAGUUAGAUUAUCCUUCAUCUCACAUGUUUAUCAUUUCUUCAUGAUGAGAACUUUCAAAAUCCUCUCAUGUACUUUUUUGGAAUUAUGCAGUAUUGUUGGUUGUGCUCACCCUUCUGUGCAGUUGAACAUCAGAACUCGUCCCUCUUACCUGGCUGCGGCUGCACCACUUCACCAGUAUCUCCCCAUCUCCUCAUCUGCUUUCCUCUCCUCCACCUCGGGUAACCCCUGCACUGCUCUCUCCUCAUGUGAGCUCAGCUGGAGUAGACUGCACACAGGCGUGAGAUCAUGUGGCAUUUCUCACUCUAUAGCUUGGGUCAGCGUUCCACAUUGAAAUAAUAUGCUAAAUCAUUCAUUACUGCAUUGUCUCCUCUCCUUCUCUCCUUGUUUCUCUUACACAUACAUACGACUAGGUAAGUUCUAAGCUGAAUAUUGAAAGCCUAAAUGAAGAACAAAGUGAUAUUUUCUGAGCCAACAUGGUUUCUCCUCCCUCUUCUUUUUCUUGCUCUUUAACCCAUUUGAUACAGUAAUUUUUAAAUGCUUUUAUAAAUUCUUAACAAUCUUGUUGCAAUGAUGCAGACCAAUAAGUGAGCAUGUCCAGUUAAAACCAAAGUAAUAUAGGGUAAGGAAUCUGAUUUUUCAGAAUAGAUGUUCUACAGUAAGAGUCCUUUAUGUAAACUUCUAGUGGUGCAUUUAAAGUUCAGAUUUCACUCAUGCAACUUAGAGGUCCCCGUACCUGAGCCUUUCUUGGUCAGGGGGUGUGUGUAGCAUCUGACACAUGGCCCAGUAAAUGAUUGUUACUUUGGGGUCAGCUUUUCAGUCCUUUUGAAAAGAAAUCACCUGUGCCAUAGCAAUAAAGGAUAAGAGAAAAAUGAACUGUUUUUAGGUUGUUAUAACUGUCAGCAAAUGGCUUAUCAGUACCCGUUACAGGCAAGUCACUGUGCUAGACAUUGAAAAGUCCAUCUCCCUCAGAGCACUCUCUGUUUAUCCUCAGGUGGACUGGACGCUUGAGGGGGUGAGGUCUGUUGGGAAGACACAAGGUGAAGAAGUGGAAAGAGAGGGAAUGGAGCUGGGGUGAAUGGAUUUGUUUACACAAAUAGUGGCUCAGAUUUGGAGGCAUAACCGUGUUCAUUAAAAGUGAAAUGUUUGCUAAGUAUACUGUUUCACAGACUGCACAGAUACACACAUCUGUGGUACUGAGGGGGUGGGUAUGGUGGUGCAGCGGUUAAGCUGUUUGCUGCUUGGAACACCUGCAUCCCAUAAUGGGUGUGCUGGUUUGAGUCCUGGCUACUCUGCCUCUGAUCCAGCUUCCUGAGAUGCAGCAAAUAAUAAGUCAAAUGCUUGGGCUCUUAACACUCAGGUAGGAGACCUGGAUGGAGUUCCAGUCUCCUGGUUUUGGCCUGGCCCAGCCCUGGCUGUUGCAGAGUGUGUGAAAAUCUAUGGUACUGUAUGACUAAUGUGCGAAGAUGAAAACCAAUCAAACCUGCUCCUGAAAGGGAACUGACACACGGUGACAUGCCAGUAGGGCUGUUGGUUAAGAGAGCCAGUACAGUCUUUCUCUCUUAGGUUUCUUGGAAGGUUAUUUCUAACAUGAGAUUGUCUUAUCCUUUUUUUAAAAAAAAGUUUUAAUUGACACAAUAUGUACACAUUUAUGGGGUCCACUGUGACAGUUACAAGUGUACAGUGUGCAGUGAUCAGAUCAGGGUAAUUGGGACACGCCCAUCACCUCAUUUAUUGUUUCUUUGUGUUGAGAUCAUUCAAAAUCCUCUCGACUAGUUGUCUUAUCUGUUUGAAUACAGGUGUUUUUGGCGCUAGUUAGGUCUGUGUUGGGAGGAAAGGAGCCUGUUAUUGGCUUCUUGGUACUGGUUUUGGCUUCUUGGCCUCUGACUAUUUCUGUUUCUCUUCAAAUAAGAAAACCAGCUGAAGUAUUUUCUUUAGCAAGCAUAUUUUUUAAGAAGUCUGUUAGGGUCAGUUUUUUUCUCUUAUUGUUUUUUAAAAUUAGGAUAUACUAUAGCAAUAAAAGAGAAAGACUGCUGUUAACUGUUGCAUGCUACAACUUAAGUGUUUUUUCCUAAAAAAGCACAAUGUCAUUGAAAAUUAUUUAUUGAAAAAGAUUUCAUAGCUCACAUUGAAUUUGUGAAGACCAAAGAAAAUUGAAGGAAAUGGUGAAGGUAUUUUAGUUUCAUGAUAUCCACACAUUUAGUAAAUUUUGUGUACAAGAAUACUGAUCAGAGUGUUUUACCCAUGGAAACAGAGUUCAGAUUACUUUUUUUUUUUACUAUUAGAGUCUCAAGUAUAGAAAUUGUAACACAUGAAUCAGAUUUUCCCUGCUAUAUUUAGAGAUUGUUAAUAUUUCAAUAUCUUCCUAGGCUGAUGAAUUUAAACAUAUUUCCAAAUCUGUGUCAGUGACCCCCAGUCAGACUGAAAACAUUCGCUUCAAACCAAUGAUAUCCAGGGUUAAAAUAAGAAUCAGUUAACUAGCAAGACUGUAAAAUUAUACCAGCUUGAUAUCAAAAUGUUAUGUAAUAUACCAUAAAUAGUGGCUAAUGAGAACAUCUUAGGACAUUCUCAGAUUACCUUUUUACUGUAUUAGUUUUCAGAAUGAAUAUAGAAAUGAUCCUGUUAGCUGUUUGAAUGUUCUGUUCUUGAAAGUGUUUUUGCUUAAAGAAACCUUUUGGUAUUUGUUUAAAUUAUACUUCUCGUGAGGUGGAAAUGUUAGAAUCAUCCUUGCUCUGUUUCAGCUUUGGUUCUUUAAAAUGAAUGUUUAGUUUCCUGAGCCACUUUGUCAUUUUGUCCUCAUGUGUUGUUAAGUCCAGUGUCUCUAAGCCUGAACUGUGAAUAAAUUACCAAAAAUGUGCUGAGAAUUUCAUUCUGAAGCAGUGUGCCAGUGUUUGGAGCAUGUCCUGUGUAUAGUUGUGUUAGCAGUGGUACUGUGAUCAGAAUGUAGUCAGUGUUUGCAGUAGUUGUUAAUGAACAUUGCUGAUGCCAAAAGCGUACUCAUUAUUGUUGCUUUUAAACGGAGGAAAUGACCAGAGAAUUAUUCCCAGAGCCACAAAUCUCUACCCAUACUUGCAGUGCUUUCACAAGGGGUCAUCAGAGAAAAGCUGCUAACACAGCUCAGAGGUCAGGCACUUUCUCAAGUCUUUUACCAUUUUUUGCAAUAAUGUGUAGUUUGUGGCACAUUUCCAGGGUAUGCAGUGAUAGUUGCAGAAGAAAGAUACUUGAAGUGAGUGACUAGCAAGACAACCUGAAGUUUCUCUUGUGUCUGGGCACCUGUUGAUAUAGGACAGAGAUUCCCUUCACGGAUGUCCUUUAUAAACAGCAGUGGAAUUCCUGUCCCUACUGCUUGUAGCACUUACUGUGUUUGCAGGAAAUGUAUAGACCAGGGCGGUUUGAGUGAGUAGAACUGCUGUUACACCAAGCCGCGGUGACACCUGCCCCCAGCCCCGGGUCCCGCUGCCUUGCCUUUGGCUCCUGCUCAUGCUCUCUGCAGCAAAGCCUGGGCUGCCCCACCAGCAUGGAGUAUUUGUUUCUCAGGCUGCAUUUUUGACAUAAAGUUCAGCCUUACUUCUAGUAAACAGUUCUCAGCAAAUUAUCUUCCAUUGGUUGUCAGAAUUUACUGAGUGCUUCGUAAAUAAAGACCAAGAAAUAAUUUCCCUAAAAAUUAAGAGAUCACUUUUUAUUGCUGUGGCAUUUAGAAAAAAAUACAUUCUUUUAACUUUUUUGUGGGGGAUGCAAGAAAGAAGUAAAGGUUAAGUUUCUACCAUUAAUCUGAAUGGUAAAUAGUUUUACCUUUUUUCUUUUUUAAAGGGAUUUAUGUAUUUAUUUAAAAGGCAGAGAUAUAUAUAGAGAGUGCGUGUGAGCUUCCAUCCACUGAUUCACUCUCCAAAUGGCUGCAACUUCUAUGGCUGGGUCAGGCAGAAGCCAGGAGCUUGGAACUCCAUCUGGGUCCCCUACAUGGGUAUAGAGGCCCAAGCAUUUGGGCCAUCCUCCACUGCUUUUGCAAGUGCAUUAAUAGUGAGCUGGAUCAGAAGUGGAGUAGCCAGGACUUGAACCAACACCCAUAAGGGAUGCAAGUAUUACAGGCUGUGGCUUAACCCACUGUACCACAGUAACAGCCCCUUCCCUAAUCUUUUUUACAUGUUGUAGGAACCUUGCUAGUUAACGAGCAUCCUGGAGCUGUAGACUACUCUUGGGAUAACUCACAGAAAGGUGACCUAGUUUAGUUGUUCUGUCAGCUGAGCCCUUCCCAGGUAGUAUAGGUACAGUAAGAGUGGUUCAUGCCCUCCUUGGUCAGGUUGUCCACACCAGAGUAUCUCUAAGGUUGGAAGUCACAUUUGUGAGCGCUACAGUAACAUGAUUCAGUAACUCAGAUUCCAAGGCUCACUUAGGUAUUUUCUCCCGGAGAAAGCUGUCAUAGAGUCAUAUUUUCUAAGAGAUUUUGGAUAUGAGGCAUGGAAGUGUAAUUGAAAAUAGAGAACCAGAAAUGGAGCUUGUAAACAAUCAGUGCAUCAGUCGGUGGUUUCUAUGGCAAGUCAAAUGUGAGAUUAACUCCCUAGAAGCCUUGAUCCAUUGUCUUCAAACAAGACCCCUAUGGGAUGGGGGAAUUAUUGUCUGAGGUAAUAAAGUCUUGUUUAUAGGCAAGAUAAAUAGUAAUGCAUUCAAUUUGAGUUCCUUGCUGUUGGACUUGACUGUGUCUAGCUAGUGUGAUUUAUGGGGGCUUUUGCUUUUUCUUCUUUUGGCUUUUAUAUGUACAAUUGUUUUGAAAUGUUGAGCAUAUUUGCUUUGAAUUUUAUCUCUUAAUUUUGUAUUUAUCCUUUGAAUAAAAAUGAAAACUGAAUACUGA